CGCCCGGCCGUAUAUAAAUCCUCGCUCGACCGAUCCCCGGAGUACCAACCACCAACGAUAACACUGUAUAUAUUCUUCCUCCCCGCCUUCAUUAUCAGAGCUCGAUGGGGUUCUUGGAAGCCAUGUCGGGGUUGUGCGGGUGCCCGGCGCCGCUCACGCAGCGGCACCUGCAGAAGGGGCGGCAGCUUGAGACGGUGGAUAUGAAGGUCCACAUCGACUGCGAGGGAUGCGAGAGCAAGAUCCGCAAGACGCUCGAGGCCAUGGACGGCGUCACCGGCAUCGAGGUGGCGCCCAGGCAGAACAGGGUCACCGUCACCGGCUACGUCGACGCGACCAAGGUCAUGCGCCGCGUCGCGCGCAAGACUGGCAAGCGCGUCGAGCCGUGGCCGUACGUGCCCUACGCGGCCGUCGCGCACCCCUACGCGGCCGGCACCUACGACAGGAAGGCGCCCGCCGGGUACGUCCGGGACGUCACGGCCAAUUACGGCGGCGGGGGCGCCGCCUCCGCGUCGCGGCCGUUCUCGCGCGCAUCGUCCACCGAGACUAGGUACACCGGGGCCUUCUCCGACGAGAACGCCAACGCGGCGUGCGCCAUCAUGUAGCUCAGUAGCUCGAGAUCUCCACGUUCCGUCUGUUAACUCCUACGUAAACGUAAGU